GCCAAUAAUUGCCUUUAGAAAAACUCAAGGUGAAGGUCAUAGACACUUGGAAGAAACCUUGGACCAGGAGAGAAACCUCAGCUCUGUUUGGUCUGGAAGCGGUGCUGGCUCACCUGUGCGGAGUCGUCUUCUGUCUAAAUGCGGGGAACCUUACUUCAAGUGUUACCGACCCUUGCCCGGCAGCGGGCUUUGGGGGGGGUCCAUCACAUAGCUGGAGGCGUGAGCUUAAAGGCUGCUUCAGUCAUCUCCAGUUCGAGCUCUCUUCAGGUGCAAAGACUUCAUACUGAGGAGAGAGUGUCGAGAAUUUCUCCAUGCCAGUCUAUUAGAGAUGAAAGAUCUCUCCUGAGUGCUGCAAGUCAUAAUGUGGACCAGGUCUGCAACUAUAAAAAUUUUGGUCACCAGCAACAGUAUAGCCCCAGAGUUACAAGGAUUUAUUAUUUCAUAGUUGGUGUGAUGCUGUUUGCGACAGCCAUUAAUUGGAAAUGGGUCAAGAAAGUUUUCACUGUGGAUGCUGAGAGUGUUGCCGAAGCAGACAUGCCCAGUCACGAAGCAGAAAGUACUCCUGCUUCUGAAGAGGCUUCCGAGGGUUCACUCGAGUCGUCAUCCGAGGAGUCAGAGGACGAGGGUGAAGGGAAGAAGAAGAAGCGUGUGGGAUUCAGAGACAGAAAGAUCAUAGAGUACGAGAACAGAAUUCGGGCGUAUUCGACCCCGGAUAAAAUUUUCCGCUACUUUGCUACUUGCAAGUUGAUUCAAAGGAGUAGCAGCAGUGAAAGGACAGAGAUAUACAUGACUCCCGAUGAUUUCCUGCGAGCGCUGACUCCGGGCAUGCAGCAGCCAAACGGACUUGGUCUCGACCAGUACAAGAAAUAUGACCCCAAGUCGGCAGAAGAGAACACCACCAAUAAACUAGAGCUUGCCUUGGACGAGGACUCGAUUUUCUACAAGCUUGGAAGCUCUGGCCUCAUCUCCUUCUCAGAUUUCAUCUUCCUGCUGACCGUUUUGUCCACUUCACGAAGACACUUUGAAAUCGCAUUCCGAAUGUUUGACUUGAAUGGUGAUGGCGAUGUGGACUAUGAAGAAUUUGACAAGGUCGCAACCCUGAUCCGCAACCAGACGAGUAUUGGCGCUCGGCACAGAGAUCACGCAAACACUGGAAACACUUUUAAGGGUGUCAAUUCUGCGCUCAGCACCUACUUCUUCGGCAUGGACCUGAAGGAGAAACUCACCAUUGAAAAAUUUCUGGAAUUCCAACAGCAACUCCAACAGGAAAUUCUUAGUCUUGAGUUCCGCCGCAAAGGACCCAAUGAGGAUGGGCUUAUCCAGGAAGCAGAUUUUGCAGAGCUGCUGUUGGCGUACGGAGGUUACCCACCUAACAAGAAAGCGAGGAUGUUGAAGAGGGUGAAGAAAGCCUUUAAGGGUGAAACCUCAAAGGGGAUUAGCAGAGAUGACUACUUGAAGUUCUUCCACUUUCUGAACAACAUCAAUGACGUUGACACAGCCCUGACCUUCUACCACAUUGCUGGAGCAUCCAUUGACCCAACAACCCUCAUACAUGUGGCCAAAACUGUCGCGCAUGUAGAGUUAUCCGAUCAUGUAGUAAAUGUUGUCUUCACCCUCUUCGAUGACAAUAACGACGGCCAGCUGAGCAACCGGGAGUUCGUGGCCGUCAUGAAGAACCGGCUGCAGCGUGGCCUCGAGAAGCCUAAGGACACGGGCUUCGUGAAGCUGAUCGUGUCCAUGUUCAAGUGCGCCCGCGAGACGAAGCCGGUCCUGCUGGACAUAUGAGGAAGGGUUCGGGUGAAGGACGCCGAGAUCAAGGAGGCCGAGUGGAAGAGGCACUGCGAGGGAUGCAACUGCAGGGGCCCGCCGGCGAAGAACGAGCACACGCACAACGGGAAGGACAGGCAGUGAGCAGGGAAAUCCUCGAGUGGGAGACAACACGCAGACCCCGAAUGGAAGACGGAAACGCAGACCCCGAAUGGAAGACGGAAACGCAGACCCCGAAUGGAAGAAUAGUGACCAGAAUUUGGGAGAGGGAGGGGGGAGGGAGGGAGGGAGAAAGUUUGUAUUUAUUAAAGUGUCGAUGAAGAGACGCGUCUUACGGUUAGAACUUCUAUAAAAGACUUGAGUUUGGGAACGAGAAGCAAAACAAAUAUGGUAUGAGCAACAGUGUUCUGUGAAUGUUAUGUUUUAAUAUAAUGAUAUAUAUAUAUAUCAAGGAAAUGUUUCAUUUUAGUAUAUCAUGGUCAGGGCACGAGCAAACUCAACAAUUACAAUGAAGAAAUUGAUAUCUAUGUUUAUACUGAUAGUCCAGCACAUAAUAUACAAGUAUGAUGCGUU